AUGGCUUAUGACUGGACAUCCUCUCCCGUUGCCUUUAUAUUAAUCGCCAUUAUGAUGGCAGCAGUAAGCCAUGGUGCUCGUUCUAGGGAACUUGGUGAAGGGAAAGCGAUAACAAGAAAUCUGCUUUAUAAUGGUCUUGGUCACACUCCUCAAAUGGGAUGGAACAGCUAUAAUCAUUUCCCCUGCAAGGCAAUGAAUAACUCAAUUUCUUAUGCAGCUGAUGCUAUGGUUUCUAGUGGACUGUCAGCCCCUGGAUAUGAGUAUAUUAAUCUAGAUGAUUGUUGGGCUGAAUUGAAUAGAGACUCACAAGGCAACUUAGUACCAAAAGCUUCUCUCUUUCCCUCUGGGAUGAAGGCUCUGGCAGAUUACAUCCACAGCAAGGGGCUUAAGAUUGGGAUUUAUGCUGAUGCUGGGACUUUAACGUGCAGCAAGACAAUGCCAGGGUCUCUUGGUCAUGAGCAACAGGACGCUAACACCUGUGCUUCUUGGGUAUGCUCUAACAAUUGCUGCAUAUUUAGAAGCUAUGCCUCCUCCUUCGAUAUUACUUAUAUAACAGAUGAACUGGGGGUUCAAGGGAAGAAGGUUAGGAAGAUUGGUGUUCUGGAGGUGUGGGCUGGUCCUUUAGGUAAGAACAGAGUUGCAGUGAUCUUAUUAAACAGAGGAUAUUCAAGUGCUACCGUAAGUGCAAGAUGGAAUGACGUUGGGCUCAACUCUUCUACAGCUGGUGAUGCUCGAGACUCAUGGGCGCAUGCAACUAGGCAAUCUGUCAAAAAUCAAAUCAAGGCAACUCUGGUAUCCUAUGCUUGCAAGAUGUAUGUGCUCACACAACAUUAG